CUUUCUCCUCCUCUUCCUCCUCCUCCUCCUCCUCCUUCAAACCCCGGCAAUUGAGCUCACGGAAUUCACCAGAGAGAUCAGCAGAGACGACACCAUUCAAGGAGGCCCGCCAUGCCGAGGAAGGGAAUGAGGAGCAUCUGCUUCCAACCCAGGACCCUCUCCUUCGCCUCCCCCGCGCGGGGCUCCCCGGCCCUCCCCGCCCCGCCCGCGCAGGUCCCCGCCGCCGCCGCCGCCGCCGCCGCCGCCGAGGCGGACAAGGUCAUCGAGUCCGCGGCCCUCCUCAUCAUGAAGUGGAACCCCGACACCUCGUCGUACGCCCGCGUGACCUCGCUCUUCUACGAGAGCAAGCGCGAGGCCGCCCAGUUCAUCGCAUGCGUCAACAACCUCCAGAAGUCAAUGCACGCUUGGGCGUCGGCGGCGAACUCCGCCUCCGACGAGAGGCUGGUCCAUGCUCAGUUCCUGAUGGAGAUCGCCAUGAAGCGGCUGCAGAAGGAGUUCUACCAGAUACUGUCCCUGAACCGGGCACACCUCGACCCCGAGUCGGUCUCGGCCCGGUCGUCCCGCGCCUCCGCGCGGUCGAGCAUCUCCGAGUACAGCGACGACGACGCGUGCGGCGCCGCCCGGGACUCCAUCGCCGAGGUGGAGGAGGCCUCCACGGCCGCGAUGUCGGACCUCCGGUCCAUCGCCGAAUGCAUGAUCGCCUCCGGCUACGGAAAGGAGUGCGUCGCCAUUUACAACAUCAUCCGGAAGUCGAUCGUGGACGAAGGGAUUUACCGGCUCGGCGUGGAGCGACUGAGCGCCUCGCAGGUCGCCAAGAUGGACUGGGAGGUGCUCGAGAUGAAGGUCAAGAACUGGCUGGAGGCGGUGAAGAUUGCGAUCCGGAGCCUCUUCACCGGCGAGAGGAUCCUCUGCGACCACGUGUUCGCGUCGUCCGACUCCAUCCGCGAGUCCUGCUUCGCUGAGAUCUCGAGGGACGGGGCGAUGCUGCUAUUCGGAUACCCCGAGCUCAUUGCGAGGAGCAAGAGGUCAUCGGAGGAGAAGAUGUUCCGCCUCCUCGACAUGUACUCGACGAUCUCCGAGAGCUGGCCGGAGAUCGAGUCCAUCUUCGCCUUCGAGUCGACUUCCGCCGUCCGGUCGCAGGCGCUCGCCUCGCUGGACCGGCUUGGGGAGUCGGCCCGCGCUUUGCUCUCCAACUUCGAGGCGGCCGUCCAGAAGGACUCCCCCAAGUCGUCGCCGGCGGUCGCCGGCGGCGGAGUCCACGCCCUCACGGUGCGCACGAUGAACUACCUCACCCUCCUCGCCGACUACGGGAACAUCAUCGGCGACGUAUUCGCCGACUGGCCGCGGCCGGCGAAGUCGUCGCUGCCGGAGUCGUACUUCGACGAGGCGCUGGAGUCCGACGACGCCCCGGCGAUCUCGCGCCGGUUGGCGUGGCUGAUCCUCGUCCUCCUCUGCAAGCUGGACGGCAAGGCGAAGCGGUACAAGGACGUGGCGACGCUUUACCUCUUCCUCGCGAACAACCUCCAGCACGUCGUCUCCAAGGUCCGCGCGUCGAAUCUGAAGUACCUGCUGGGAGAGGAGUGGGUCGCGAAGCACGAGAGGAAGGUGAGGCAGUUCACCGGGAACUACGAGCGGCUGGCGUGGGGCCAGGUGUUCGCGUCGCUGCCGGAGGGCUCCUCGCCGCCGCCGCCGCCGUCGCCGGCGCAGGCGCAGGAGCGGUUCCGGCGGUUCAACACGAGCUUCGGGCAGGCGUGCCGGAAGCAGAGCGAGAGGGUCGUGCCCGACCCGAAGCUCCGGGAGGAGAUCUUGGGUUCCGUCGGAGGGAGGCUGGUGCCGGCGUACCGGGAGUUCUACGACGCGCACAAGGCGGCGAUCGGGGAGGAGAGGAACGCGGGGCUUUUUGUCCGAUAUGCCCCUGAGGAUCUGGAAAAUUACCUGUCGGAGCUGUUCGGCGGGACCGGCGGCGAUCGCGCGGUGAGCACCUCGUCGGCGUCCUCCUCCUCGACGUCGUCGUCGAAUCGGCACCCAUCGUGGUCUCGUUGAGAAGAGACUUUUUUUUUUACUUUUUCUUUAUUUAUUUUUCCCCAUACUUUUCCUUUUUUUAUUUUUAAUUUUCCAUAGCGAAUAUUGUGAAUAAAAUACGUAUAGAUUAAUUACGAGUUUUUCGAUUGACAACGAUGGUAUAACUGCCAACGAUCAAGAUUCGCAGGUAUCUGCGAUCCUCCCUGCCUUCUGUUUA